AUGGAGCAGAAGGAGGAGUACGCGCCUGCAGAGGAGGGAGUAGAUUUGGGGAAGCAUCCUUCUGGGCUUGUUCCCACGAUACAGAAUAUUGUUGCUACGGUGAAUUUGUGCUGUCGCCUGGACUUGAAGGCAAUUGCUCUGGGGGCGAGAAAUGCGGAGUACAACCCGAAGAGAUUCGCUGCGGUGAUUAUCCGCAUUCGGAAGCCCAGAACUACGGCCCUGAUCUUUGCCUCUGGAAAAAUGGUCGUUACUGGGGCUCGAUCCGAGGAGGACUCAAAACUUGCAGCGAAGAAGUACAGCAUCAUCAUACGGAGGCUCGGAUAUCCCGUGCGCUUCACAGAGUUCAAGAUCCAGAACAUCGUCAGCAGCUGCGACACAAAGUUCAGCAUCCGCCUGGAGGGACUCGUGUUCGGGCACAGUAACUACAGCAGCUACGAGCCAGAGCUCUUCCCAGGGCUUAUAUACCGAAUGGUAAAGCCAAAGAUCGUCCUGCUCGUGUUCGUCUCCGGGAAGGUCGUCCUCACGGGGGCAAAGCACAGGGAGGAGAUAUACCAGGCAUUCGAGAACAUAUACCCCGUGCUGAAGCAGUACCGGAAGACGUAG